GCAGCGACAUACUGCGAGUUCUCAAAACUAAAAGCAGAAGUGUCUUUUACUGGCAGGAAGCUGUAACUUCUAAAGCUUUCUGAGGGGCUGUGAAGUAAAAAAAGAAUUCCUUCCUUCUCCUCAUGGUAUAUCUAAUCUGAUUUCUGUACUUCCUAUUCCUCUAAGGCUACAAGGUUCCUGGAGUCACACAGGAAUAGGAAGAAUUUUUAAUACUGAAAAUCACCUAAUAGAUUAGCAGAGAAUCAAUAUUUGUAAAAGAAGAAAGGUGAUGCAUGGUAAAAGCUUUCCUUUUCCCCUUCCACGGAUGAAUACAGAUUGAAAGGAAGUUUCAGCAUGAAUUGUCAUACAUCACUAUGUCUUGUGCUGACAAUGGUUCAGCUAUGGCCUUGCUUUCUAAGUACGCAAAGGCAUGCCAUCCAGAAUACAGACCAACCUUUUUCAUCAGCCCGGAGAGUGAAACGUGGUUGGGUGUGGAACGUGUUUUUUGUGGAGGAGGAAAUGAACUUAACAGAGCCUGUCUAUGUUGGUCAGCUGAAGUCUGAUUUAGACAAAGAGGAUAGCACCUUUAAAUACAUUUUGACUGGUGAGGGAGCUGGAAGCAUUUUUACCAUCAAUGAGACAACGGGUGUCCUUCACGUGAUACAGAAACUUGAUAGAGAAAAGAAAGCCCUGUACACUCUAAGAGCGCAGGCAAUUAACAGGAAUACUCAGCUGCCCAUGGAACCUGAAUCAGAAUUUGUCAUCAAAGUUAAGGAUAUCAAUGAUCAAAAGCCACAGUUUUUGGAUGGACCUUAUGAGGCCACUGUUCCUGAGAUGUCUCCUGAAGGUACUUCUGUUAUACAGGUAACAGCCACCGAUGGAGAUGAUCCUUACUAUGGAUACAAUGCACGUCUGCUUUAUAGUAUAAUUCAAGGGCAGCCCUAUUUCUCUGUGGAGCCAAAAACAGGAGUCAUUAGAAUUUCUUCUGAAACGGAUAGAGAAACUCAGGAGAAAUACUUUAUCAUCAUCCAAGCCAAAGAUAUGAUUGGGCAAAUGGGUGGAUUUUCAGAAACAGCAACUGUAACUAUCAACCUCUCUGACAUCAAUGACAAUGCCCCUAAAUUUCAACAUACACUGUACCAUAUGACUGUUUCUGAAGCUGCACCACUGGGCACUACCAUAGGCAAAAUCAUGGCAGAUGACAGUGACAUAGGGGAAAAUGCAGCCAUGAAUUAUGUCAUUGAAGGAGAUGCCUCCUAUGUUUUUGACAUCAUUACAGAUAAUGAAACCCAAGAAGGAGUUGUUAUAUUAAAAAAGAAAGUGGAUUAUGAAACCAAAAGAAAAUACAGUAUUAAAGCAAAAGUUAUCAACAGGCACAUUGAUGAGCGUUUUCUGAAUGAGGGACCAUUUGAAGACUCAACCCUUGUCAGGAUCACUGUGGAAGAUGCUGAUGAACCUCCAGUUUUCACCUCACAGGAAUAUGUGAUGGAGAUAGCUGAAGGGUCUGAGAGCGGCUCUUUUGUAGGGGCUGUAAAUGCCAGCGAUCCAGACAAUACCAACAGUCCCAUCAGGUAUGCUAUUGUCCAUGGCAUGUCUUUAAAGAGAUUGUUCAGCAUCAAUGCACAAAAUGGAACAAUCAUUAUAACUAAGCCUCUGGACCGAGAGAUAACUGCUUGGCACAACAUAACUGUUACAGCCACAGAAGCAAGAAACCCAGAACAAAUUUCUGAGGCCCCUGUAUACAUUCAUGUUCUUGAUGUUAAUGAUCAUGCUCCAGAAUUCCCUGAAUAUUAUGAGACCUAUGUGUGUGAAAAUGCAGAACCUGGCCAGCUAAUUCAGACCAUCAGUGCAGUGGAUAAAGAUGAUUCAGUGGAAGGCCAUCACUUUUACUUCUCUCUCCAAGAGGAGACCACAAACAACUCAGGUUUUUCUGUCAGAGAUAAUCAAGAUAACACAGCUGGGAUUCUUACAGUUAAAAAUGGCUUCAGUAAACAAGAACAGCUUGCUUUCUACUUGCCUAUCUUAAUUGCGGACAAUGGAGCCCCAUCACUUACCAGCACAAACACUCUAACUGUCACUGUCUGUGACUGUGAUAAUGAAGCUAAUGUCCUGUUCUGUCGAUAUGGAGCUUUCAUGUAUGCCAUGGGUCUCAGUACAGAAGCCUUAGUUGCUGUUUUGGCAUGUAUAUUAAUACUACUAGUGUUUGUUUUGGCAAUUCUGGCCCUAAGGCAGCAGAGAAAGAAGUCACUAUUUUCUGAGAAGGCAGAAGAGUUCAGAGAAAAUAUUGUCAGGUAUGAUGAUGAAGGAGGUGGAGAGGAGGACACAGAGGCUUUUGAUAUUGCAGCAUUGAGGACCCGUACUGUCAUGAGAGAGCACAAGCCUCGAAGAAAUAUCACAACAGAAAUCCAGAGCCUUUACAGACAGUCUCUGCAAGUUGGACCUGACAGUGCUGUGUUCCGGGAAUUCAUUUCAGAAAAGCUUAAGGAAGCCAAUGCAGAUCCUAAUGCUCCUCCAUAUGAUUCCCUUCAGACAUAUGCAUUUGAGGGGACUGGUUCUUUGGCUGGAUCCCUUAGCAGUUUAGGAUCACAUGUGUCAGACAUGGGUGAGAGUUAUGAUCACCUUAGUGAAUGGGGGCCACAUUUUAAACGACUUGCCAAGCUAUACUGCCCCCACAAAACUGCAAGGGAUUAGUAACUGUUAGUGGCCACAUUUUUUUAAGUGCUCAUCAGCCAAAAUCGAGUUUGGAUUUUCAAAGAAGAUCAACAUAUUUAAGCACCCACUUGCAAUGCCCAGAUUUAUUAAAAGAUAGAACAAUGUUGGAUGGUUGAGAUCUUUUGUAUCAUAAUAUAAAGUGGCAUAAUAAGUGAUGAAUCUAGCCCCACGUUAAGUGCUUACAUUGCAAGCUAUGCUCUUUGAAAAUCCAGUCCCAAUUAUGGCUGCUGAAAAUUUGGCCUCAAAAACAGAUUAAAUGAAAGCCAUAAGAUUUUUGUAAAUAAUCUUCUUGGUUUAAGCUUUAAACUAUUUCCAAAGUUAAAGCAGACUUUUUUUUGUUGGGUUAUAUUAAUUAACCAAAGGUAAAUCGUGCAUAUUUGCAUUCUUUUAUAAAUACCAUUGUGCAAAAAGAUAGAGAAUAGGCAUUUUAAAAUGCUUGUCUGUCACAAAAACUUACAGAAUCUUCUGGUUAUUUAUUUUUAGCAUAAUAAGACUACAACAAAUGUAGUAUUUAGUACUGUAAAAAUAAAGAUCUGUUAUAGUCAACAUUUAGUUACUAUUACAUUUGCACUUUUAUUAAACCAUUGGGAAGUGUACAGGACUCAUAAAUUUCCCAGGUGAUGUAUGAAGAAAUUAUAAAGGAUAAAAAGUAUUAGAUUCUGCUUUGAAGCAAUAUUCAACUUAAAAACUGUUAUCAGCUUUGUUACAUAUUACUGUACAUAGAACCAAAUACAACCCAUGUCUGGGUAUCUUCUCUUUUAUUAAGAGCCUAACUGAUGAUUGAUUUCUCAGCACAGAUUUAUUUAUUUUUAUUAUGGAAUAUAAAAUUAGCUGCAGUACUCAUUUUUAUUGUAACAGUAUUAAAGAUCUUUAAAAUGC